AUGAUUAGUUUUCUUUUUAUUAUCCUUCCUCAAACAUUUUGUUAUUUUGAAUAGAAAUUAUCAAGACAUGUUUAUAACUAUGAAUAUUUUGAUAAAGAUGAUAUUGUCACUAGCAUAAAACCUUAAAAAUGUCCAAAAGAUUUUUUAGAUUAAUAUUAUAAUGGCACUUAUAUAACUUAAAUAUGUUUUACUAAAAAUGUAUUUUAUAAUCUAGAAGUUGUUUUAGGAGAUGUUGUUAAUAAUUAAAGCAUAUUUUAAUUAGCUGUAUAAAUUAUCAUUAAUAAAAAUUAGCUUGAUUUAACCUCACCUUGGACAUGGUACAAAUCAAAUUCUUGUUUAAGUUGUUAAAAUAUUAAAUCAUCAAAUUUAGAUAAUUACAAAUAAUGUGAGAAAUCAAAAAAGAAAAGAGAAUGUGUUGAUCAAAAUUUUAAAAAAUCAUUCAAUUCAACAAAAUGGAUCGAUAAAAAAGUAAAUGGUUAAAUUUAAUCGACACAAUCAAUAAUUUAAGGAUCUUUUUAAACUGAAACAAUACAGUUACUUGCUUAUAAUUCUUCAAGGAAAAUGAGCAUUUCAGAAUUUCUUUUUUAUGAAUGGGGAAAUGAAACCCCACCUGCCUUAGUGAAUAUUACUAGUUUAGAGAUGCUAUAAGUAGAUUAUAUUAAUAGCGAAUUACCAAUUUUAGCAGAUGGUGUUAUUGGUUUUGGAUUUGGCUAUACAGAAACAUAGGAAGAAAAAGCUUAAAGUGAUACAGAUUUUGUUGAAAAAUUAGUUAAAGAAAAUACUUAACUUCAUUUGACCAGAUAAUAAUUUGCUCUUUAUACUUACCAGAGUUCAUUAAAUUUUUAAGAAAUUGUAGUACAAAUAGGAGGAUUUGAUUACAAAUAUGUUCAUAAAUAGGAAUAGAAUGUCAAAUGGAUAAAUAGACUUGAAAGGUCUGGUUAUUAUUGGAUGAUCUAAGUAGAUAAAAUUUAAUUUAUUGUAAUUUAUAUAAAAUUUAAUAUAGAAUACCUAAGGAAAUGAUUUAAUAAAUUCAAGUAUCCCAAUAAAUAAAGCUUUACUCACCUUAAAUUCAUAAUUUAUAGAACUUCCUUAUAAUAUUUUGAUAUCAUUGAUUCAAAAACUUGAAAAUUUACAUGUUGGAACUGAAUGUAAUUUAAUAGAUGAUGAAGUAUAAUUGGAAAUCGAUAUAUUAGAUGUAUCUAUUAUAUUGUAAAAACUUUCUUGUCUAAACAGUGUUUGAUUAUCGGUUGACCUUCAUAUUUGGAGAUCAUACUAUUGUAAUAGAUAAUUAUCACUUGAUUUAUAGAGAAUGUAAAAGUGUAAGUGAAAAUUAGAUGAUAUAAAAUUGUAUUUUCAACAUUAAAGUUUCAGAAUCUGAUUAUAUCAUUUUGGGAGAACCAUUUAUAAAAAAUCAUUAUAUAGUUUUUGAAAACUAACCAGGUAAUGAAGUGAGAAGAAUUGGAAUUAUGCCAGCUGCUAUACAUAUGUUCUAUCCAGAUAAUCCUGCUUAGUAUGAAUGGGCUUUGUUGAAGCUAGUUGGAUUCAUAUUUUUUUUUGGAUUGCUCAGUAUCUGCUCGGUAACUUUUCUUAAAAGUUUAUGUAAGGAUCUCUACAUAGCAUUUAAGUAUCGUAAGGUAUUAGUAUUAAUAUUUGUAAAGUUUUUGAAUCCUGAGAAUAAUUAACCUUAAAAAUUGAUAAAGGAUGUGGAAUAUGAAGAACAUUCAACUAAAGAUAAUAUUAAAACUGAAUAAGAAAAUAAAAAUGAAGAUUAUAAUUAAGCCUAUGAAUUGAAUCUAUAAUAAUAAGAGUAAUUCAAUUUUGAAGAGGUUUUUACUAAUUUAUAUGAAUCAAAUGCAUUAUGA